AUGUUGCAACAGAGACUCCUAUCCAAGCUUGAGGCUAACGCGGCGGAUGAAUGCACUCUGGAAUCACUCAUCACGGAGUCACCAACGUCUGCAAAACCUCAAGCACGACACGGCCUGGUGGAGCAUAAUAAAUCGGUGAGUACAAUCUGCGCAGUCAAGCAGAACAAGCCUCCACCGAUGACACCGAUGAAGAAGAAGACGAAGUCAGAAGGUCCAAAAACACCCUGCUGGCAGUGUGGCGGAAUGCACUACGUCCGGGACUGCACAUACACGAAGCACGUUUGUCGGGACUGCAAGCAAAUCGGCCACAAAGAAGGGUAUUGUGGCAGCUACACAUCGAAGGCGGCACUCAAGAAGAAGAAGCACGUGAACGGAAUUUUCUUCAUCAACCAGGUCAGUUGCACUUCUAGACGGAAGUUCCUAACGGUGGAUAUCAACGGGUCUCAAGUCACUCUGCAGUUGGACACCGCGUCCGACAUCACCAUCGUUUCGAAGAAGCAGUGGAAGAAGAACCUGGGCUCGCCAACGCUGACUCCCACAACACGGACUGCCCGGACUGCGUCGGGUGACGCUUUUCAUCUACUUGGUGAACUCCGAUACCCAAUUAAACUCGGAGGUGUCACCAAAACCGCAACUUUCUACGUGACCAACAACAGCAUCAAUCUGAUCGGUCUGGACUGGAUCGAGCUGUUCAAGCUGUGGGACACCCCGCUAUCUGCAAUCUGCAACCAGGUCCACGUUGCCGAUGCUCAAGUCAAUCAAAUCCAAGUGUACAAAGCUGCGUAUCCUGAAGUGUUCAAGAAUGGCCUCGGACACUGCAAGAAGAUAAAGUGGGCUGCUCCGAUCGUCGUAGUGAAGAAGCCCGGAGGAAAAGUACGAAUCUGUGCCGAUUACUCAACUGGACUGAACGCUGCCCUGGAGCCCAACCAUUACCCGCUACCGGUUCCUGAUGACAUCUUUACCAAGUUCAAUGGGUGUCGGUAUUUCAGCGUCAUCGACCUGAGUGACGCCUUUCUUCGAGUGGAAGUUGACGACGACUCGAAGCAGCUGCUCACAAUCAACACGCAUCGAGGUCUCUUCCGCUUCAACCGGCUCGCACCAGGAGUAAAAUCCGCUCCCGGGGCCUUCCAGCAGUUGAUGAACAGCAUGGUUGCCGAUCUCGAAGGAGUGGACACGUUUCUGGACGACAUCUUCGUGGCCAGCAAAACCGAAGAGGAGCACCACAAGAUGCUCAACGCACUGUUUCAACGCCUUCAAGCCUACGGUUUCGUUCUGAGGGAAGAAAAGUGCAACAUUCUGCAGCCGGAGGUAAAGUAUUUGGCGCACAUCGUAGACGAGAACGGUCUCCGUCCAGACCCAUCCAAGGUGGAAGCCAUUGUCAAGAUGCCACCGCCCAAAGAUGUCACAACUCUACGCUCGUUCCUUUGUGCGACUUCGAAUUGA